GAUGACGCAGUCGAUCGCGGUUUCUCUUCUGGGACUAGUUCCCGAGCAAACUGCCGCCAACACCGCUGGUCGGGCAAGACACGAAAGCCCUCAUGAACAUCAGCAAAAUGUUCUGCUCUCCCGAAUCAUCACCAACGUGGAGAAACUGAACGAGGCUGUCAUGAUGCUGAACAAAAGCUUGCAAGAGAUCAACAUCAAUAACAUGGACGUCGAGCUUGUCGCCCAAAUGUUCAAGAACUAUCAAUCCAACGUGCUCUUCCACCUGGAGGCGACCGACAACCUCCGCGAGGCCCUCAUGAAUCGGGGCCGGAGCUGGUGCAUGCUGCUUUUCUCC